AUAAUUUGCUUUCUUUGGCCCUUCUCUCCAUUCCCAUUUCUUAGCCACCAAGCAUCGCCACUUCAUUCCCUCACAACCCUUUCGUCAUGCAAUUUUCUUAAAAGACUGAUAUAAUACAAUAAACCAAUCAAAUUUGUUAAAUCCAAUUAAGGACAAAGACAAUGUCCCCACCAAAAGAGCCUACUUUCCUCUUUUGGUUUCCACUUUACUUUAAUCACACCUUCUUAAAACUCCAUUUUCUAAUCAUUCAUGGUGUUCAUAUCUCUACUUCAUUCCUUCAUUUAGUGGUUUUUUCCUUCUUUAAAGAAGAUGCAUCCACAGCCACCGGAAUCACCAUCGCUCUAUUGCACACCUUCAUCGCAAUCCCGAGCCGCCACCCCAUCUCCGGCCACCCGUUUCUUCAUGACAAAACAACAACCACCCAUGAUGACACCGACACCGGAAUAUCUUUACCAACAUUUUCCAGGGAAAACCAGAGAUAGACUCCUGCUAAGAAACCACCACCGGACAGAUCCUGCCAUUUGGUGCACUGCAAUCAUCUGUCUGAUCUUCAGCAUACUCAUCAUCUUGUUUGGAAUCACCACCCUGAUCGUUUUUCUUGUCAUCAAGCCAAGAAACCCCGUUUUUGACACCAAUCACGCCAGUCUCAAUGUCAUAUACUUCGAUUCACCCGGGAAUUUCAAUGGGGAUUUCACUUUUCUUGCAAAUUUCUCCAACCCCAACAGGAAACUUAACGUUAGAUUCGAGUAUGCUGUUCUUGAGCUGUAUUUUGCUAACAAUUUGAUAGCGAAUCAGUCAAUCAAGCCUUUCAGUCAGCGGCAAAGAGAGACGGGUGUAGUCAAGAUUCAUUUCAUAUCCAGUCUUGUGUACCUGCCAUUGAAUCAUGCCAUGGAACUUCAAAGGCAGGUAUUGAGCAACAAAGUUAUGUACAGUGUGAGAGGAACUUUUAGAGUGAGAGUAAGUAUGGGUUUGAUUCACUUUUCGUAUUGGUUACAUGGCCGAUGCGAGUUGCAGAUGAGCAGUCCACCAUCUGGUUUCCUUAUGGCAAGAACCUGCAUCACUAACAGAUGAAAACAAUCAUUCUUGCUUUUAUCAUCUCAUUCCCACUUUUGAUUUCCUUCAAACUGUUUGGAUUGAGAUCUAAAA